AUGCCGGCUGGAACCGAGCUACAAGCACGGCGCGAGCCUGUUGACACGUCUGGAGUUCGUUUGCCGUCUUCGGCGCGCGAGCUUGUCUCGAAUCCCGCCGUCGUUGCCGCUGACGCAGAUCUGGAAACGGCCAAACCGACUUCUGCGCCGCAGAACACGCCUGAGCCGGUAGCAGAGGAGUCUGCUGGUACCGCUGAACUUGCGGUUUCGUCGUCGCGUCCACGGCCGCCACUGCUGAUCCACGGCGACGACGACCCCAGUAUGGCGCCUGCGCCCCCGUUGUCGCGGCCCGCGACGAGUGUCCAGCCCGUUGGUCGUCGCAGUUCGAACCCUUCGCCCUCGGUUUUGUCCUCCCAUCGCUACCGUGGCCCUGAUCCUCUCCUUCACAGCCAUCAGGAGUCGUCGUCCUUGUCGUCGUCCUUGUCGGAAGCGCGCCAGAAAUAUGAGGUCACUGGGGACGAGAGCGGCAAAAAAAUUGCAGCCGCGGUCAUUGUGGACGGCGGGGAGGAGGAGGAGGAUGGUGGUGCCGUGGGAAACGAUAAUCGACGAAUGAACACGUGCCCCGAUAAACCUGGCGAAAACGGUCACGUGGUGUCGUUGUCGUCUGCUCCCGUGCAACUGCCACACAUCGCAACACUUCUAACACUGCCAAAGCUCUCAGAACCACGCCAUACAUCGCCCAACUCCAUCUUAACAGGUCGCAACGUGUUCGCCACGUCUUCAUCGCGCAACUCGCCCGGCGCGGCGACAAUCGAGACCAAACUGCCGGCGCGCGGCGCCAGCAGUUUCAGUGGGGUCAGCAGCAGCAGUCGUGGCGACCGCGGCGGUGGAAGCAGUACUCCGCUGGUGCCCGCGACCACCAGAACUUUUCUAACGCCGCAUCGGCUCAGUUUCAAUUCGCACCAGAUGGCAACGGACCCUCACGUGACCCUGGUGGAUCACAACAAGAUCGAUAUCUCAUCGCUGCUCAACUCGCGGGGCGAGGACGUGUACACACUGCGGUCGCGCGAGCUGCUCAGCUCGUCGCCCGGUUUCCAGGCACUGGGUCACCACGCUGGUGACGAAAACGCAGAUCGCAGCGGCAGUUUCGGCGUUGGCGACGGCGACGGCGAUGGCGACGGCGAUGGCGACGGCGAUGACGACGACGACAAUAAUAAUAAUGACCACGACAAAGACAAAGAGCACCACGACGGCGUGAAAAAGAACGAAGCUGGAGAGAAAAAAUCGCAGAGACAUUACACGCGUGCCAAGGCAGAGCCCUCCCGCGCACCACCUUCAAAAUCCCCACGCGGGUCCGUAAUCGUGGUUCCACCGCCCAACACGCAACCGGGGCGCAUCAAAUCCAAACUCGACGACAUACGGUCCCGUGUGUUACUGGAUCCCAACACUAUCCCACCACGGCCGGACAACUUUGAGUCCUCCUCGUCUGUACGCUCUGACGACGAAUUUGCCGCUGCAGGUGCCGCAGCGGCUAUCAUCACAAAAAUGCGAUCCUCUCCUUAUGGUCCGCAUGACGAAUUGAAUUUGUCCAGUCGCCCCGGUUCUGCUAGCCUCAGGCAUCAUAUGCGCCCCAUAGUUCGCAUCCACCAACGAGAAUACGAACCUAACGAAAGUGACGAAAGUGCCGUGAUAGAGGACGACACGGAAGACGAGUCCUACGAAGAGGCGUCCAAGCACGCCUCAGACAAAAUCAGCUGGAACAAGAGCGGCAUGAAAAAAAGAGUCACGCGGCGCCAGUCUGCACCUUCAGCCAACUUCAAACGUCGUCACUCCAGUCAAAUGGAAAAUCCAGCUACAAGCUCGCGAAAUUCACGCCAUUCGUCGACUUCAUCGGCGUCUACUGUCACGUCGUUACUUUCAGCCGCCAAACUUUUAGGCAAAAAACGUGGCGACAAAAGCAUUAAAGAAGAGACCAAAAAUAAUCUUGAUCCCAACGACCCAUCGCUGUCACCACCGACAUCUCCAAAAAGUGGUAAAGCGCGGCGCAAAAAUGCUUCUGGAUCGCGAUCCAGAAGCGGAUGCUGGAUUUGCAGGCUGCGUAAGAAAAAAUGCACAGAAGAAAAGCCAAGUUGUCACAAUUGCAUGCGUCUCAACUUGCAAUGUUUCUACGACCAUACCAAGCCAGACUUCAUCUCUGACCCAGUUAAGAAAAACGAGAAAUUGGAAGAGAUCAAGAAAAAGACCAAAGAGGCAAAGCGUAUGGCUAUGAGAAGAAGGCCUUGA